AUGUCUGCAAAGCAAUUCUACCUCCUUGGGGAGCCAGUCUCCUCCGCUAAAAAUAUCGAUGUCGACCCCAAAAGCGAUUUGAGUGCACUCAAGGACUUGAUUGCAGCUCACUUUGCAAUCGUUGAGUCAAGUGGUAUCGAUUUCCAUGCACAAGAUCUGCCGCUGAACGAGAUCACCGAAAUCAUCUCGGCCGCAACUCCCAUUGCCAUCACCAUCGAUGGAAAUGCAGUCCGCGAUCCACCAGGCCCAAAUGGUCUUCCCUAUGUCGGAAAUUUCUUUGAAGUCUACCCAGACCACCUGGGCAACCACCAACGUCUCUUCGAACAAUAUGGCCCGGUCAUCAAAACAACCAAUCUCGGUCGUGUAACAUAUCAAACAAAUGAUCCAGCUAUCUCCGCGAUCGUCUUUGCCGAAUCCGACUUUUUCACCAAAGAUAUCAAUCCUGCUCAUCCCCUUUACCCCCUGAAGCAGCCAGAGGCUGGUGUUUUCCUAGGCGACACAGAUACCCCUGAGUGGAAGGUCGCUCAUAAGUUUUUACCGCCAGCUCUCGGCCCUAAGGCUGUCCGUCACUAUGCGCCGACAAUGCAGAAAACAGUUGAGGAUGCUUUCAAGGUCUUUGAUGACUUUGAUGAGCAGGGCGAAGCUUGGAAUGUCUAUCAGUAUAUGCUGAAGCUCGGCUCACAAGCAGUCGGUAAGCUCACGCUUGGCCUCGACUUCCAACACUUCUCGAGUCGGGACGCCCCGCUGCACGAGAUGAUCCAUUUGAUUGCUGGUGUUCUUUCUCUUAAUAAGAAAGUCUCGUCCAAGGGGGAUUGGUAUGGGAAACUGCCAUUCGGAGAUCCUAAGAAGCUCAGAGACAUCAAAACCAGAGUUGAACAGAUUGUGGGACAGACAAUUAAAGAAGCUGAAAGCAGUGGCGUGGAAGAUCUACCACUGCAAGAUGCAGCGCUGAAGGCGUCCAACAUGAUCGACUAUGCCAUCCGUGCAACCGACAAUAAGGGCGAGAAGCUUCCCCAGUCAAGCUUGAUCUGGGCUCUUGUCGUCGCAACCGGAGCCGGCUUCACAACCACCAGUUCCCUUCUAUCCUGGCUCAUCUACGGUCUUGUCACCUACCCCGGUAUGCAAGAAAGACUACUCCAAGAACUCAUCGACAACGACAUCGACGAGAACACCGUUAUGACAGCUGAGGUCACCGAAAAACUCGAUUUCCUCGACAAGUACAUCAAGGAGACCCAGCGUCGUCACAACCCCAGUUUCCAACCGGGACGAACUGCUAAGGUUGACCUCGUGCUUCCGGGAGGAUACAAGCUCCCUAAGGACUCGGUCAUUCUCCCAGCCCUGCACCAUAUCCACAACAACCCCGAUCUAUGGGACAAUCCUGCUCGUUUCAACCCUGAUCGCUGGGACACCGAUGAGGUUAAGAACAGACACAAGGCUGCGUAUAUCCCAUUCGCCAUGGGCCCGCGUAUGUGCAUUGGGUUCAACUUUGCCUUGCAGGAAAUCAAGGUUUUCCUUCCCAAGCUCGUCUUCCGGUAUAAGUUCAUUCGGGAGGGCAAUGAGCCUAUCCAGUAUGAUCCCAUGUUCCAGUUGAUUCGGCCCAACAACCUCUACGUUCGCGCAGAGAAGAGAGUGAAGUGGCCUCCUAAGUCCGAGACAGCGGGAACAGAGGAUGCCUGA